AAUCGAGACAAUACCUCACCCCAUGCCGGUUUAAACCAAUUAAUACUCCCUCAUAUUCUAUCCAUAUAUUCAAGACUCGAUAUUUCCUUCCCACCAUCAAGGCCGUUACGUUCCGUUCCGCUGAGAAGCAAAUCUUCAUAUCUUUCUACCUCAAUCUACCAUGCCUCCAGUUGAUCUUGAAGCACUAGUCUCCGUCAGCGGCGGCGGCGGAUCUGACUGGGAAUUUUCGCGUAAGAGUUCGGCAGACAGCAGAGCCGACGGCGAAGACAGAUCGUUAAAGUUUGACACCGUCAACGGCGACGAGAAGAAAUCAGCCGUGGAUUUUCCUCCGGAAUCCUUCUUGCUUUCCAAAGAUGACGGAAUCGAUUGGUUCGACCGCAACGCUGUUCUGGAACGCAAGGAGUCGGGCAAAGGCGGCGCCAAUCCGAACCCGAUUUCCUCGAAUCCACUCUCGAGGUCAAGUUCGCAGAGGCUCACGAAGUUUCGGGGCGGUUCGAUGAUCGGGUUGCCCAGGGCUCAGAAGAGCGUUGACUUGAUGCGGAGGAGCUGUAGCAAGCCGGCGAGUAUCCGCCUCUUCCCGCCGAGGCGGUCAGAUUCUUCGGUCGGCGAACCGUCUUCCCCGAAGGUUUCGUGCAUAGGAAGGGUUAGAUCUAUGCGUGGUCGCCGGGAAUCGGCGUCGAGGAAGGAACAUUCGCUAGAGAAAUCUAGAAGCAUCGUAGAGAAGGGGAAAUCCGGGUUCAGGUUCUCUCGAUUCAUAUCCGUCCUCUUGUCCAGUAGGGGUCACAACCGCGGGAAGAAAACGCCGGAGAAAAAGGAAAAUCGAUCGAAGGUGGAGGAGCAGGACAGGCCAUCGAGGAAGAGCAUGAAAGAAGAAGUGCCGAUAAGUUACGAACCGGCGCCAGGCUUGGGAGGGAUGAAACGGUUCUCUUCCGGUCGGAGAUCGGAAUCGUGGCAAGCAAGUGAAAUUAAUGCCGCGAUCUGUGAGGCUUUCCAGACGGAGCGGUUAUGAGGCGUCCACGGAAGACUCCGUCGAAGCUCGGAUCUUUUUUUACCGCGGAAAUCCGUUUUUAUCCGCACUUUUAUAGCAGUAAGCCAGUAACACGUAAUGCACAGUAUACUGUUGAAUUUGUUAGUGUUGAUAUUUUGAUAAUUGAUGAUUAUAAUAUUACUCGAUAAUACUUGUUCAUUCCACUAAUACUAAUGGACAAAUAUAUUA